AUGCUGGGAUUAGCUGUGUGCUCGGACCUGUCUGCUGGGGAGCCAGGCCAGCUGCCAGGAGCACAGCCAAGAGAGAGGUGGGUACCAUGUCCCACUAAGUUCUCAUCUCACAGGUGGCACAGAGAGCUGGCGUUGAAUGCAAUGAGCAACCACAGCGUCCUCAGGGACUUCAUGCUGCUGGGCUUCUCUCAUCUCCAUGAGUUCCAGGUGGUCCUGUUUGCCUUCAUCCUGCUGAUCUACAUGCUGACGGUGCUGGGGAACCUGGCCAUCGUCACCCUCACCUGCCUGGACUCCCGCCUUCACUCGCCCAUGUACUUCUUCCUCUGCAAUUUCUCGCUCAUGGAGGUUCUGGUCAUCUCCAUGGUGGUGCCCAGGAUGCUGGCAGACCUGCUGUCCACGAGCAAGACCAUGUCGCUGGCUGAGUGCCUGACCCAGUACUUCUUCUACUUCUCCCUGGGCUCCACCAACUUCCUGAUCCUCACGGUCGUGGCCUUCAACCUCUACGUGGCCAUCUGCCACCCCCUGCACUACCCCACCAUCAUGAGUCGCCCAGUCUGCGUGAAGCUGGUGGUGGCCUGCUGGGUGGUGGGCUUCCUCUCCAUCAUCUCCCCGACCCUGUAGAAGACACAGCUCUGGUUCUGUGGCCCGAACGUCAUCGACCACUACUUCUGUGACUCUGCCCCGCUGCUCCAGCUGUCCUGCUCCGACACCCGCCACAUCGAGCGCAUGGACUUGUUCCUGUCACUGCUCUUCGUGCUGGCCACUGUGCUGCUCAUCCUGGCCCCCUAUGCCCUCAUUGUGGCUGCGGUGCUGCGCAUCCCCUCUGCCAUGGGGCGCCAGAAGGCCUUUUCCACCUGCACCUCCCGCCUCACCAUGGUGGUGCUGGGCUAUGGCAGCACCAUCUUCAUCUACGUGCGGCCAGGCAAAGGCCACGCCACACACCUCAAUAGGGUGGUGACCCUGAUGAUGGCAGUGGUGACCCCUUUCCCCAACCUCUUCAUCUUCACCUUCCAGAACGAGAAGGUCAAGGAGGUCAUCAGAGAUACGGCCAAAAGGGUCCUCGUUGGAAGCCUGGCAGGCCAGAGUUGA